UCUGAUUUAGUACUGUGAGUACUGUAGAGCCUGUGCUCAAACAGAGAAGAACAAGAUGUAUGUAAUCUAUUUAAUGUGACUGUCAUAUUUUCCUAUUAAAUGUUUACUUCUGCUGUAGAGAAUAAAAAUAGUUUUUAUAGUUUAUUGGGCUGCUGUUAUUCUCGGAAACGUCUCGCUCAGACGCUCUCUGAUUGGCCACGCGCACCGACCUGCCCGGAAGCUAAUUGGCUCACCUGGCUGCGAUUAUUUCCCACCUGUUCUGUCGGUGACUUCUCGCUCCGUGUAGCUUUACUUCCAGGAACAGUGCAGCUGUCUGUCGGAGCACCGCGGGUAUGGACUGACUUCUGAAAACAUUUAUUUUAUGUUUUUAAUACGCACAGCUGCACACUUCACCUUCAUUUCUCUUCACUUCUGCGAUUCCUCAGGUUCCUCAGACUGAUUGUUGGCUAAAUUAACCCAAUCAAAAGAGGACCGUGAGGCCUCGGUCCUGCCCUCGUCUUCUUCCUUGUGCAAUGCCGAAGAGUGACACGUGGCCAGGCGGUGUUGCCAUGGAAUCCUUAAGCAAUUUGGACAGUGCCGGGAGCUGCGACAGUGUAAUCAGCAUGAACUCUGGCUAUAGUGAAGACAGUAUGGAGCACUUAUCUGCAGAAGAGAGGGCGUGUCUCAUGUAUUUGGAAGAAACCAUUGAAGCUCUGGAGGUGCAGGAGGACAGCGGCUUAUCCAACGAUGAACCAGAUCCUGGAUUACAGGCUGACAAAAUGGGUCCGAUGAGAGUAAAUGACAUUUCCAGUUUCAAGCCUGAGUCCGGGAUAGACCACAAAUCACAGCCUGGAUCCAGAGCGUUACCCGUUGAAGACAAAGCCGAGCAUCACAUACUCAGUCUGAUCUCAGAACCACAGUCCUCUCUCCAAACAGAAUUGAACCUCACGACUCAACCUAAUCCUCCAGUCACUGAAUCGGUCGAUGAUUGCAAAAUCCACCCAUCAGCUACUCCGUUGUGUGUAUCCACAGAUGAAGCUGGUCACCUUAUGAUUGUCCCAAGUGCCAGUCUUAGCCCCGAUCAGUCCUCUGGGCCAUCUGAGAUGGAUGUAAGUUUGAUCCCUCCUCCCUCAGACUUCAUGGAUGAGCCCGGCCCUCCUCCACAGCCAGAGAAGGUAAAAGUCCUUCCUCCAUCUGCAGGAAUAUCCAAUAACAAACCAGGAACCAUUGACUUGGAGCAGCUACGCCAGAGAGCCUCUGCAGAGAGAACUUCAUUAAGCUCCUCUGUGCCCCAGGAGCCUCCAAACAAGCCCUCAGAACUGAGUCUGCCAGCCGUCAGCUCUGGUCCCCCUAUGAGUCCAUUUCCUGAAGGUGCUGAGCCCAGAAGUCCACCUGCUGUGGCCCCUAAGCCCAAGAAGCUUCCUUCCAACAUUAUUCUGAAGUCACACAAGCCAACAGUGGCUGGCUCUGAUGGCAACGCGGGACAUUCAAUGUCCCCAACCAGUGACAGGCUGUUGAUGGACCCUCAGAGGGUCCGCAUGGAGGCCCUGCGAAAGCUUGGCCUGCUGCCUGCUGAGGCAGAUUCAGGCCCCGCCUUAAGUCCAAAACAUUCUCCCAAAACUAGAAGAUCAUGGGCAGCUCCUCCCUCUCCAAUCAGCCCAGCAGCUCCACAUACACCACCCCUGACACCAUCUUACACGCGAGUCAACAGUCCACCUCAUGUUCCUCUCCAGUCUCCUCCAGCUGUGUCUCUAUCAGCUCCUGCAGUCCGGCCAGCUGAAGUUCUCCCAGCACCUCCUGCCUUCAGUGACCCUGUUCAACCUCUGCUGUCAGAUAAUGAACUUUCUGACGCAGGAGAUGAACACAUGACACCUCCUCUAACCCCACCCGCCCUGGUCAACCAUCUAACCCCACCCAAGGUCAGAGGUGUCAAAUCCGCCACCCUGGAGCGCUCUGGUCUCGGUCUAAGCAGCUACAUGGCGAGUCAAGACCACAAUGAGGGCGGUCAGAUCGGUGAGAAGAGUCCCGGCCAGAUACGUAACAGUCGGGCACGUCCGGCCUCUCUGGGGAGCGGGAAAGAGUUUUCAAGCGCUCGGGGAGAGGGUUCACAUAUGAGCCCUGCCACCAGGAAAGAGCCGGACUUACGGAGGUCCCUGCCUGCCUUUCAGCACUCCUCGGACUCUCAGAAGCUGCCGCGAUCACAAGGCAUCAGUGUACUGAUCUGCCCACGUGCUGAAAACGGAGAAAACCGCCGUGAGGCUCUGAAGAAGCUGGGACUGCUCCGGGACUGAGGCGCUGAAUGUUACAGCUCAGCUAACUGCCACAGACUCCUUUCAGGUACAAUAUUUAAAGGAACUUACCACAGAUUGAUACAGGAUUGAUGAAGGCAAUACAAAACUUUCGGGAAGCAGCUUAACUACAUAUUUAUACAUCUUCAUUUUUACUGCAUUAAGCAUGAGACUGGCCAUCAUGUCUUGAACACACUGACUCACACGUUCAUCUACUUGUUACUCAUAUUGUACAGCCAUAAUGUAUGUACAGUGUUUUAAAAACUGGCAAUCAAGGACUUUUUGGAUAUUCACUGACUCUCUUGCUGUCACUGUGGUUUUUGUAAAUUAAAAAUACUGUUACUUUUAAAAUGGAAUGAGUUAUUUUGUCAUUUUAAUGUUUGUAGUGAUCAGGUGUUUUUUCCAUCUGUCUUCCCUUUCACGAGUUAUUCUUUGUUACAGUGUACCACUGUGAGGCUGCUUCCCCUCUUAGUUCUGCUUUGAGAUCAUUUCAAAGGUCGCCAUUGUUCACUUUCACUUCCUAAAAUCCACUGGACUUGGGUGACCACAAAAACUGGAUACAAUUCUGAUUUUUCUGUACUGUACUUAGCUUAAGCUGCAUUGUAUGCAAUGAAUAAAAAUGUAGAAAGAA